AUGUCACCAAAAUUAAUAGAAAUGAAAUCGCUCAAGCAAUUGUAUUCAAUUGAAAGUGAGGGUAUUCAUUUAAAGUAUGAUGAAAAGGAGCACGGCCAAAGAAGAUUAUUAUGUAUUGAUUUUGAUAAUCUUAUAUGCUCGCUUGAUACAGAGUACCAGCUUAGACAACAGAGACUCAUCCGAUCGAAUCAAAUCAAUGUGGUCUCUACACUUCAGUUUAGAGAAUUUAUGGAAACCAGUCUUAGAAAGCUGCUAGAAACUGGAUUCAAGUUAGUAUUUUUUAGUGAUGGUGUAGAGAGUGAAGAGAAAGCCAAUUCAACAAAAGUUGAAAGAUUUGGAACCAGAGCUAAAAACUAUAAAUCUUUUGGUGAAAGAAUUUGGGAUCCAACAAAAAAGAUUUCAAGUUAUUCUAGUAAACCUUCAAAUAUUUUAGCCUAUGAAGAAGUGUAUCAUAUACUUUUACACUUGAUUGAUCAAGGUCAUCCAAUUGAAUGGAGUUUAUGUAAAAAGGAAGGUGACUUGGAAUUGAUUCAAUAUGCUCACAAGUAUAAAGAAAUCCUUUAUGGUAUCCUUUCCAAUGACAAUGAUUUCUUUUUCGCCAAUGUUGGAAGUGACUGCACAUUGGUGACAACUGGGGACUUGGGAUUCAACUUGGAACAUGGAUUUAGAAAAUUCAUUCCCUACAACUUUAAAACAACUUGUCAAAGAUUAAAUUUUAAACAUAAUUCAUUAUUGGUUAUAUUAUUUGUAUUAAUUCAUACUGAAUUGGGAGCAAAGGAUAAAUCACUAGAUUAUUUUAUAAAGUUGACCAAUACAUUGUUCCCUGUAGAGGAUGAAGAAUGGUUGACAUCUAGUGACAAUGUAGACACUAUUGUCGAGAGAAUUACAGAUGCCUAUAAAUUAAAUGAAUUUAGACAAACUGUUUGCAAGGAGCUGUAUCUAUCAUCUCAACCAAAGAUAUUGGCCAAUGUACAUCAAGACUGGUCAUUGACAGAGUUUAAUGGUAUCUUUUCAAAGUUUAUCAAUCCAAGAAAAUUAAUCUCAUCGACUCUUUUCAGACCGAGUUUGGUGUCUAUUAACAUCGACCACAAUGAAUUGGUACAUUGGAGAGAUGAUUCUAGUCAGUAUAUCACCUACUUGACUGCACCGGUUCGAACCAACAUCUACUCUAUGUUUUGCAGUAAACCCGUCACUGAAAGAUUGAUCGACUUUAAUGCCAAGGAUCUCGUCCAAACCAUCCAAAGAGAUCUUGUCAAAGUUCCCAUCACUGCACUCGAAUCAUACCAAAAUGAAUCGAUCGAUACAAUCACCCGUCUCAAAACAUUCUAUCAAAUGGCCAACGUGCAAUGGCCAGACAACCAAUUCGGCGAUGAAAUGACACCAGAGCUCAAAAGUAUUCCUGUAUGGCACCAUUUUGUCAUUGCAUCUUGGUUGUUUAUUCUCAAGUGCAAGGAUUGGAAGAUUGUCGAUGAGGAUGAGUUUGACUGUUUCCUACUCCACUCUUUGUUCCUUCGUUAUGGUCUUGGUAAGACUAUAUUGACAAGUGCACCACAAUCACCAAACUCCAACCAUGUUGAAUACUUUAAGGGUACAAUUGAUAGAUACAACUGUCACCAAUACCAAAUCUAUGUGUUUUUCAACCUCAUGUUAUUGAAUUGCUACCAAAUCUCUGCUUGUUUGAAUCUUGACCCAGACCAAACCAGACCUGCUCCAUCACAAUUCUCCGACGGUGAUCUAUACCAACUGCUAUCGAAAUCAGUUACCAUCAACAUUUACAAUCCAAAGAAUGUAAAAGACUAUAAACCAACACCCAACCAAAACAACAACAACGUCAUUGGUAUCGACAAUAGACUAUUCACCAAGUACCAAUCGAUCAUCCAAUCAAACAAACCAUUAAUGAAUGAUUUCAAAUUAAUUAAAUCAAUCAUUAAACCUUCAUUACCACAAUACAAAUAA